UUUACUUUGAAAGGUCAAACCGGAACCUGUGUCUAUUGUGACACACGUGACAGCGGCGUCUGGCGCGUGUGUGCAGUGAAGCAGCGCGAGCAGCUCAGCUGUUCAAACCUGCCACAGACAGAAAGCCCGUCAGCAGCCCGGGACGCUGAACGACACUCUACCGGGACUCUACCGAGAUUCUGACCGGAGGCUGUCGGUGUCUGACGCGGGGGAUGCCGGUGUGAGCCCGGGCAGGCGGGCGGAUCUGUGGUGUCUGUACCGGCGGAUGAAGAUGCGGACUCUGGUGCUGCUCUGUCUCUGGCUGAGCCUCCGCCCGUGCAGAGCGCCGCCGGGGCUCUGCGGGCCGUGCCAGCCGGACCGGUGCUCGCUGCCCGGCGGCUGCCGGGCCGGGCUGGUGCCGGACUCCUGCGGCUGCUGCCUGGAGUGCGGGAACCUAGAAGGCCAGCCCUGCGACCCCGGGAACCGGAGCGUGUUCUACGGGCUGUGUGGGAGCGGACUGCGGUGUCAGGCGGGAGGAGGAGGAGAGGAUGAAGAGGAGGAGGAGUGCGUGUGUGAGGAGCAGGAGCCGGUGUGCGGCUCUGACGGGAGAACAUACAUGAACAUGUGUCAGCUGAGGGAGGCCGUCUUCUCCACACCCAAGCUCCACACCGCGGGGAGGGGCCCCUGCAGGACAGUGCCGGUCAUUAAGGUGCCUCCUCACAGUCAGGUGAACGGGACGGGCAGCAGUCUCAUCUUUCUCUGUGAAGUGUUUGCGUUUCCGAUGGCGUUGAUCGAGUGGACGAAGGAGGGACGAGACGUCGUCCUGCCCGGAGACGACCCGCACAUCUCCGUCCAGUCUCGGGGCGGUCCUCUGAAGUUCGAGCUCUCCAGCUGGCUGCAGAUUGAGGGGGCGGAGACGGGGGACUCUGGGACCUAUCGCUGCACAGCUCGUAACAACCUGGGGACGGCCUCGGCCUCGGCUGUACUGGGAGUACUGGGAGCAGAGGAGCUGUCGUCCUACCUGGCUAACAGUGACAGGAAGCAGCCGAUGGACAUCGCAGACUAUGACCAGGACAUCUACUGAGCUUCGUGAUGUCACCUCCUCUGUACAGACACGUCUCUGAUUUUUCUUCUUCUCUGUGUAUGCGAACAUUACUCUGACAUCACACGGGGCAGUGACACGGACACUUGGCGUGCUGGGCGUUCGAGCCCGCGUCUCCUGUCAGAUCUGUUGUGUGGAACUUUUUUUUAAAAUUAUGAAUAAAGGUUUACAAACUGACCUCUGGCCUCUAACAGACCUUCACAUUUUCACUUAUAGCACUGAGGUUAUGGACAGUUGUUCCUCCUUCCAGUGCAUGUCUGGGAAGCAGGGCGGGCAGUGCUUGCCCAGUUAACUCUAAAAAGGGGCAUUUCAGUUUGGGAUAGUACCAUUUUGGGUUCUUGCAACCUCAAAUGAAUUUAUUUGGGCAAGAGAGGGAGUUAUCAACUCCUGCUAGCUAGCUUGGUUAGAAGCAGAUACCUGUUAAUCAGGGCUCAGUAACAUCCAAUCAGAAUCCUUGAAUUUCUCUCACCUAAAGUCUAGCUCAGUCUGUUAGUCCAAUAACCUCGCAGCAGACAUAUUGUUGGUCAGAUGAUGUCAUCAAAAAGGCUCCAACAGCACAAACACGGGGGAGAUGUUCAGAUGAAGCCUAGCAGACAGCUAGCAGCUACAGCCACCUGUGUCGCCACCAUCAGUCAAAGAGGCCACGCCCCUAAUAAUGCAAACUGAAAACAUCCUCUCCCUGUACACGUGUUAUGAAGUGAGAAAUGAUCUAUAGAGACCAAACAGCUGUAUUUCUUCUGCUUUAACAUGGGAGUCUGUGUGGACUGACUCACUACUGCCUCUGCUGGAUGCUAGAGGAACUGCAGGCUUUGGUGCUUCAUGUUUCAGUGCUGAAGGCUAACAGUGCUGAGGAGCCUGAAUGGAACGUGGAGGCUUCAGAGCGGCUGGAGCUCGGCCUGGCUUUGCUUUUGGCUGAUAGUUUCACCACAUGUUGCUUCAGUUUCCUGCAAAUGUCAGACGGAUGCAUGGAGAGGAUUUCAUUCCAGCUGCUGUCUCAGAGGAGCUCUGACUUCCAAGAAUCUAAAUCUGGUUCAGUCCGGCCUGUUUCAGGAGGUCCUGCAGCCCGAGCCCAACACAUCACGUUUAAAAAGCUCAGUACUUUGUUUUUGAAACGUGGUUUUAGUGUCAGGGUUACAGUUAGGUUAUGGUUAGAGUAAGCAGCUAGGGAAGGCAUUAUGUCACUUAGAUGUCCCCACUAAGAUAUGAAAACAACUCUGUGUGUGUGUGCUGCUAUAAAGACAUCAGCUGCUUUGCUUAUUGGCAUCAUCAUGUCACUCAUAUCAAAAUAAUGACGACAGGGAGGCACGACCUCCAGGAGUCUUGCAUUUGUCCAGGAUCAGAAGCACCUCAGUUGCACAUCCAUCAGCGCUGGGAUGAUUACUGUGAGACGUUACAGCAGCUGAGCCCAACGUGACACAGCAGAAAGAUGAAAUAUAACGACUGCUGCUCUCUGUCAGAAACAGUUGGCAGUGAUUACCGUUCACACUCACAGACGCUUUUAUUCCUGCCAUAAAUCUCUGAGAGAUCAUCUCAGGAAGUGCUUCCUGUCUGCGACACACUGCGGCUCGUCUCCAGGAAAUUCCAGCAGAUUCACCACAAGCUGCAAAUAACUACCAGACUUCCAGACCAGCCAAUCAGAGGCCACGAAACACAGCUGAAGAAAGAACACUCUACUUCAUUUAUUGCAUUUCUUCUCACUGCUACAUGCAAAUAUACGCAGCCCAGGCACAGAUUCUAUUUUGUUUUAUUUUAGGGGUGAUGCACAUUGAUCACCAAUGUAAUCCAAAACUGUUGUAAAAUAAAGUAAAAUACACAAAAGUUAUAAAAAACC